AUGGCUUAUUUAACUGUGAUAUCUCACCUCGAAACUCAUGAACGCAUACAUACCGGUGAGAAACCAUUUAAGUGCAAUGUCUGUGAAAAAACAUUCAUUCAACUGUCUGAUCUCAAGAGACAUGCACGUAUACAUACCGGAGAGAAACCCUUUAAAUGCGAUAUAUGUGAAAAAACAUUUCGUAGACAACAUCACCUAAAAAUUCAUAAACGCACACAUACCGUCGAAAAACCGUUUAAAUGCGAUAUUUUGUGGGGCCUAUGUGUUCUAACACAAUUAGCGAAAGAUGUGUGCGAAACGGAUAAAGUCUUAGGUAAACGCAUUAAUACAAGUUAUAGGAUGUCAAUGAAGUAUAACAUGUUGAAAAUUAAACAUGAAAAUGAUGGAACAGAAGAACACUCUUUUGAAAAAACGCCUGAAGUCAUAGAACCUAAACUGCUAGAUGUGCAGUUCAUAAACAAUGAAAUUUCUACAAUAGAGGAGUAUUUAGUAAAGAAUGAAGACGACAAUACUUAUGGUAUAUAUGAAAAUAAACAAGAAAAUGACGAAUCAGAAGAACACUCCUUGGAAAAAUUGUUUGAAGUCAUUGAACCUAAACCGCUAGAUGUGCAGUUCAUAAACAAUGAAAUUUCUACAACAGAGGAGUAUUUCGUAAAGAAUGAAGUCGACAAUAGUUAUGAAGUUUUGAAGCGGUAUAAUAUAUUGAAAAUUAAACCUGAAAAUUAUGAAACAGAAGAACACUCGGUGGAAAAAUCAUUCAAGGACAUUGAAUCUAAACCGUUUGAUGUGCAGCUCUUAAGCAAAGAAAUUUCUACAACAGAGGAGUAUUUAGUAAAGAACGAAGUCCACAGUAGUUAUAAGUAA